UCCAGCCUGGCAGCGUCCAAAGAAGCAGCGGCGAGGAAAGCAGCCUCUCCGAUGCCGCCCUCCGAGUUCCUGGACAAACUCAUGGGCAAAGUUUCGGGUUACGACGCCAGAAUCCGACCGAACUUUAAAGGUCCGCCAGUCAACGUAACCUGCAACAUUUUUAUCAACAGUUUUGGGUCCAUCGCCGAGACAACAAUGGACUACAGAGUGAACAUCUUCUUGCGACAGCAGUGGAACGACCCUCGGCUGGCCUACAGCGAGUACCCCGACGACUCGCUGGACCUGGACCCCUCCAUGUUGGACUCCAUCUGGAAACCUGAUUUGUUCUUCGCCAACGAGAAGGGGGCCAACUUCCACGAGGUCACCACCGACAACAAGCUGCUGCGCAUCUCUAAAAACGGCAACGUGCUGUACAGCAUACGUAUAACGCUGGUCCUGGCCUGUCCCAUGGAUCUGAAGAACUUCCCGAUGGACGUCCAGACCUGCAUCAUGCAGCUGGAGAGCUUCGGCUACACCAUGAACGACCUCAUAUUUGAGUGGGACGAGAAGGGAGCCGUGCAGGUGGCCGACGGCCUGACGCUACCUCAGUUCAUACUCAAAGAGGAGAAGGACCUGCGCUACUGCACCAAGCACUACAACACAGGUAAGUUCACCUGUAUCGAGGCUCGUUUCCACCUGGAGCGUCAGAUGGGCUACUACCUGAUCCAGAUGUACAUCCCGUCGCUGCUCAUUGUCAUCCUGUCCUGGGUUUCCUUCUGGAUCAACAUGGACGCCGCGCCCGCCCGGGUGGGUCUGGGCAUCACCACCGUGCUGACCAUGACCACACAGAGCUCUGGCUCCAGAGCCUCCCUGCCCAAGGUGUCCUACGUAAAAGCCAUCGAUAUCUGGAUGGCCGUAUGUCUGCUGUUUGUGUUCUCGGCCCUGCUGGAGUACGCCGCCGUCAACUUCAUCGCCCGCCAACACAAGGAGCUGCUGCGCUUCAGACGGAGGCGACGACACAUGAAGCCUGAGUCUUGGCCUGUGUUGCAGGAGGAUGAGACAGGCGAGGGGCGCUUCAGCUUCCCCGGCUACGGCAUGGGCCCCGCCUGCCUGCAGGCCAAAGACGGCAUGGCCAUCAAGGGCAACAACAACAACGCCCCGACCUCGGCCGCGCCCGAGAAGAGCAUCGAGGAGAUGAAGAAGCUGUUCAUUGGCCGGGCCAAACGCAUCGACACAGUGUCCCGCGUGGCCUUCCCGCUCGUCUUCCUCAUUUUUAACAUUUUCUACUGGAUCAUUUACAAGAUCAUCCGCAGCGAGGACAUCCACAAGCAGUAGUCGAGAGGCGGAGGAGGAGGAGGAGGAGGAGGGCGAGAACAGUGCGAAGAGGAGAGAAACAAAACACAGAAGGAAACAGAGAGAGAUGACUUCAAUAGCAAAUGCCAUUGCCCCCUUUUUUCACACCAACCACGCCUCCUUUCCUCGUCCUCUUCCUUCAUCCUCUUCCUCUUUGGGUGGAGGUUAAGUUGCUUUUUGUGGCAGUCGCCCCCCUCCGCCCUCCCUGACACCUCUUUGAGAUAUUUAUUGCUUUCUGUUCCCUUUAUCCUCCUCUCCUCUCUCCUGCCCCAAAUCCCAACUCAUUCCGGCUUCUUCCACCUCCCGAAUAACCCGGACCAGUGCAAUAGCAAUGCAGUAAAAUGCAUGAUAUAUGAAUGUGGCAAUAUAUUAAUGAAAAGAUGACAAAGUAAACACAGACCUUUGCAGGCACGCCCAACAGACUGUGUGGGAGUGGACGGACUGGAAGGACAGAAGACGACAGAGUCUUGUAUUUGAUUUUAGGGUUUUCUUUCUUUGUGUGGAGACAGAUGUUUGCUGUCGGGACGGGGUGGGGGACGUGUGAGCGGCAUACGGCAGUGUAAUAUACUCAUAUAUCUAUCAUAGAGCGAGAAAAAAGAACUUUAUUUGUAGAGGAAACAGAGGCGUCUGGAAACAAGGGAUUUUUCACCCCAAAAUAAGGAAGGAAGGAAGGAAGGAAGGAGGGAAGGAAGGAAGGCGGAUCAGUGCUUCCAUUCAAUACAGCAAUGCAAGGAUCACGCAUUCUAUAUAUCUAGAUUUGCUUCAAACGUGUAUUGCAGGCACUCCUCAACGCUUUUCCUCCCCGCCCCCGCCACCAACACCACGAAACCUUGAACUGCAGAGACACUCGAGGUUCGCUGCUGCCGCUGUCAAUCAUACGACUGGACGAAAAAAUAAAAAAAUAAAAUACAGAAACACUGGAUGAGCAGUGCUAAAGAUUUUCUGAGACAAAUAUCUCAUUUAUCUGUGUCGACGUGUUCCUCUUCCUGUCCUUUGUUUGUUUCAUGUUGCAUCUGUUGGUUCUUGGUUUGUUUCUUCAUUUCUGUGCCAAGUAAACAUGUCGCUUGUGGCCGUGCAGCGCUCUGCAGCUCCCACCUUUGUGUCAAGAGGAAGGCGGACGCUCUGACGUCAGCCGUUGUGCCGACUGACUCACGGCUUCUUCGGGGUGUUUUUGAUCCCUGAGAUGUUGGUUUGUUUUCACCGAGCGGAGCCGGUCGAUCCUGGACUGAGUCAGAUCCUCGUUUGCUUUCCUCGUUGUGUUCGUGGGGACUGAACCACAGAUAUGUUUACAUCUUAUUAGUGCUUCCUUGCUUUGACCCCGCCUUAAUGUGACACCCCGCCCUUCCCCAGCUGAGAGGACAUAUGUAGUAAACUAUACAGAUUAUAGCACCUGUUAUACCUUAAUUAACUGUAUCUCCAUCUCAUCCACCAACUGUAGCUGCAAAUGCCGUCAUCUGUGAGAAGCUACGUCAUCGUCACCACACGGAGGACAAACGCAGGAUUUAUGUUGCUGUAGCCAUGUUGGACGGGACUCGAUCAUUCUGCAGGUCAUUUGUUUUUUUCACUCCACACCAGGCUUCUCUAUGCAAUGACCAGUAUAUGCAAUAUGAUUUUAACUUCCUUUCAGCAGCUCCAUCUCAAACACGUCACGUCAGUUGUUUUCUGGCUCAUUCAUCCCACUGCUCACUGCUAAACGCUCUCUGAAGCUUGUUGGUACACACAGAGGGAGUGCAGACCAUGAAGAGUUAAAUACAUACAUACAUACAUAACCUGUGUGUGCAGAUCGGAUCAUGUUGAGACAAAGCUCUGAGCCGUCAGUGCAGAAAUUUACCAGGAGAAAAGUUUUAUUUCUGCACAAAUGUUUAAUAUUGUUCCUCGUUCACGUCGUCACAUCUGCAUCGUUUAUUCCAGAAAAUCCCAAAGUGCUUUUUUAUUUUACAGAUUUACAGAGAGGGUUUAACGUGAACACUUGAAGGAGACUUUUUCCAGUUUUGUAGCAAAACCAACUCAAAGUGAGUUAAACAUUUGUUUUACCUUCACUGCAGUUGGAUUGAUUUCAUUUAAACAGUGUUCAGCUGCUCCUCCACACAGACGACCGUGACGUCGAUCUUCUCCUCCAACUUUCUGAAAAAAUGUGAAUAAUGAUAUUUUCCAAACUGUUGAACCACACAGUGUUUAAAGAGCCACAUUACUGCAGCUGCAAAGAAACCACAGUCACAGAGUUUUAAUAAAACCUGAAGCUAGAAAUAUUUCAGACUUCUGACAAACACAGACUGUCUCUGUGUGGACCUGCUGUGUUUCCUGAAUGAGGACGUAAAGUGAUUUAAACAUAUUUAACGUCACAGUAAAUGUUAAGUGGAGUAUGGAACACGGCAUGCUGGGAAACGUGGUUCAGAACCAGGAAAAUGAAAAUGUCUCCUGGUCCAAAUGUUUUGCUCCGACUUGGUUUUAAAUCAAAACCAAAGAUAAGUUUAAUUUCAGUUCAAGAUGUGUUGCAGAAUGUGAUGUCAUACAUGGUUUGUCUUUUAUAUAAACACCAGAUGCAGUAUUUAAAGUUUGACACAUUAACUUCAGAUAUAAAUCAGAAAUUGUAUCCAGUCAUCCCAUCGUCACAGUUUGUACUGGUUAAACAUGUUUCACCAGUUAAACUGACACACUGAGACUUUUUGGAUCAGAUUUGUUUCAACAGCAGUGUGUCGACAUGUGCGCAGACUGUAGGAGAUGUUUUAUUACAUGAUGAGUGUGUGGGACUGAUGCGAAGGGCUAAGCCACGCACACACAUCCUUCUGUUCACAUUCCAACAUGUUGUAAAGAUAAAGUGGACGUGCCAUAAAAUUCACCACAGUAACUAUGCAUUUAAUUCACUGAUUCAUUCCCAGAUACAGCGACGUAAUACGUUUCAAGACCGUGAUCACAAAGGAUGCUCUGUCUUUUUAAUAUUCAAUUAUUUCAAUUCAAUUCAACUUUAUUUACCGCAAAGGAAAUUGUGGUGCCAGAGAAAACUUACAAUAAGUUAACAUUAACAAACCAGUAAGAACCAGAACAACUAGUGGGUUCCUCCGGUCAGGGUCACACACUGGCCCCAGUUUUUAAAACAAUACAGUAUUAAAUAUCAGAAUAUUCCAAAGAUAUACAUAUAAAACUAACUAAACUUAACGUAAAGUAAAUCCAGAUGAGAUUCUUACGCAGCUUCAUGGCGUCCAAAUAAAAACCAGUAAAAUUACUUUGAAAGAAUUUUAAUGUUUUGAGAAUGAGCUCAUUUUCAGUUUUUGAAAUAAAUAAAUAUGUUUUAGCAUCUUUUUAAAAGUUGCUAAAAGUUUCCAAAUAAAUUUGUUGUUUGAAAAAAAAAAAGUUGCCAGGGUCAUCUGAAAAGUUGCUAAAUCUAGCAACGAAAUUGCUAAAUUGGCAUGACUGUUCAUACUCAACUUCAAGACGUCAACUCUGUCAUUUAGAUAAGUAGAGAAAAUGUAGGGAAACAUCAGAGAGUCGCUAGCCAGCAUGCUCUUUAGAUUGCUUUAUAGAAAAUGUGCGACUUUAACAUAGCCUUUCUUUGUUGGACCAUAUGAUCUUUGUUUCCUGAAGCUGAAACAAAAGGUCUUUAGUUUUUCCAGAAAUACUAAAAUGAUCUCGUUGCAACCAGUGUUCAUUUUGUUGAUGAAAACUAUGAUGACAAUUGUUCGUCAGUGACCUGUUUUACAGUGACAAACACAAGACAAUGCGUUCGGAAUUUCUGUAGACUACAAUUAGGCUAAAACUCUGAAGGAUUAAAAUGACUAAAAUGUGACUCAAGACUUUUAAUCUCAAGACUCAGACUAAAUCUAAAACAGCUGUCAGAAUGAACUCUGGCUGCUACGUCAACUCUCUCCCUCACGUGCUGUUUAGCUUCGUACUAAUUUUAGUCUUACUUUGUCGAAGGUAAUUUUAUUCACUGUGUGCAGCAUCACAAGACGUGUUCUGAUUUCUUGGUUCACAAACCUACAGAGCCCACAGAAUAACAAAAGGUGCAUUAACAUUAAAAAAUGUUCCUUGAGAAAGCUGACUAACUGCGUAACGAGGAGUGAUGUCACAGCGGAUUUACUCUGGUCGUGUUUGUGAGGAAAUUAAGUUGCAUUUAUGCGUUUCUCUUUUAAAAACACAGGAUGAAAGAGGCAGAGACAGAAUGAGGUCUAAACCGUACAUUAAGCAGGUUUACUGACGCUAACAUACUGCUUAAGUUCAUUCCAAAGUGACAUCACCAGAUCGCGGCCAUCUUAGUUUGGUGGUGCGUAUUUUGAGGUCUGUUCUCAGAGCUUCAGUUUUUCAUCCUUUCUGUGUGAUUUCACAAACCUCAGUUCCAGUGUUAAUAAAGAUUGUGUUCACAUUGCAACAACAAGUCAAUCUAAAUCUAAACAACAGGAAAGGUCAUUUUCCCACGACUCCUAAAUAAAGUAUCUGACGAGCUCAGAGUAGCAGCGACAGGCAGACGGAUUUAACAUUGUGAAAGGGUCACAGUUACAAACCAAAACUAUGCGGUUAGGUUCAGAGACAAGAUCACAGUUUGAGUCAGAAUAAGUGCGUUUGUCAUGUUGAGUUUUGGUUUCACAUGGGACACAAACAGCAGUCUCCUCUGUUCAAGUCCUGUGUCUGUUUGACAUGUCCGUCCACCACGACCUUUUCCUUACACUGACUUUGUAGCUGUGUCACCUGACUUCCUUCCUGCCCCCGUCAUUACGGCCACUAGAGGUUGUCACCUAACAGUAAACAUAAAGUGCUUCCACAAACCACUCGUGGUCGUUUUUCUGGGUGGUAAGAGCGAUGAAUUACAGAUACAAACCCGCCCAUGUCGAGUCCCUUCAGGACUGCAGAGUGACGUUUGGCUCUGUGUCUGUAGCUUCCUCUGUGAUCACGGCUUGAAGAACAUCAGCAGGUUCAGUCUUUAUUUUCCUCCCGUGCCAUAUAAGACACUGCAUCUGGAGUACGUCCAAAUCUCUUGGAUCCAACAGCAGUCGUCCAUGUUCAUACGUACAUAUCUCUGCGUGCCAUAUGGGGGUUGAAUAUGCAACUGAAAAACGAGGACCUAAAGCAUAUCACGCAUUCAUUCAACGACCAUUUGACAUGACUGGUACCUUUCCUCAGACGUGGCUGUCGUGUGUCUCGUCGUCAUUUUAAAGCUUCGUCAUCGGCCUCACGUCAUUGUAUUAACCAUUGUUCUAAUGUGUGGGUCGGGGGAGGGGAGGGGGGAGGGGUUCGUAACAUGAGAUAGAUUCUGGGUUUAUAUUGCAUUACGAUGCGAUGUGAUGCGUACGUACGGACUGAACUAAGACAGAUGUGUUUCUAAAUGAGAUGGAUUUUAAAGUAGCAUGGUUUGAUUUGUCUGAUUAAUGAUUCUGUUGGUUUUUGGGGGGUUUGUUUGAUUCUCUUGUAUUUUAUUGUAUGUAUUGUACAAUCUGAUGAGGGAGAGGGAAAAUACAGUGACUCCUGAACUGCUGUGAACUAAAGGAAACAUUAUUAUAAUUAUGAUUAUCCUGAUUAUGGUAUUUAUUUAUUUAUUUUCUUUGCACAAGUUGGAAUGGCCUUAAUUUUGCUUUACUUGCUUCUAUUGUGUAUUGGCACAAAGUGCACCCGUUUGAUUUGCAGAAAUUACGAUGCUCAUUACGAUGCUUAUAAUCUGAGAGUGCACAUCAAAGCAGGAUGAAAAGAAAAAAAAAAAGAAAAAGUUCAGCAAAUCCUUUUUAUUUUUCAUUAAUCUGAGAAACAAUAUUUUGCAUGAGUAUAAAUAAAAUGGCAGAUAUUUUGGCUUGUACAAAAAAAUGUGAAGCAAUUUGAAGAGAAAAAAAGAAUGUACCGUUUCUGCUGUAUCUGUAUAUAUCUAAAUAUUUAUUGAAAUAUGUCAUACUACUAAUUCUAUUAACGAUUAAAGGUUUUCUGGACAAAAAUCUCUUUACCUGUUUUUGAACAUUGUCAAGGUUGUUGGAGUUGGAUCUUCUGCUUUCUGUUACUCGACUCAAGGAUCUGUGUAAUCAUUAAAGAAAAAGUAUUAAAAAUUGCAAAUGACUCUUUGCUGCAGGGCGUCUUUAUUACAGACAGACAUCAGGUCUCAGCUGCUGUGCACUCUUUCACACACUCUCAGAAAUAAUUCAGCCUGAUCUCAUCACAAAGUCGUCAAACACCGAAAGUCUCUGAAAGUCCAGAAAGUCUUAAGCACAUGGUGUAAAAACAUGGAUCACAUGACUCCUGUCCUGCGUCACUCUGCUGGUCGAAUGUUUGUUUUCCUUGAUGUUCUUUAUUUUAACCAGUGUUGAGUCUUUAAGCACAGAUGGGUCCAACUGAUGAACACUGAACACUGACAUGUUAAAAAUGUGACAGAACAUACAUGAUAAAUUUUACAGUUGUGUUCCGACAGUGUUUGGAGAGCAAACAGCUCACCACAAACUAAUGUUCAACAACAAUCCUUUGUGACCUAACUGUAGAGUUAACAAAUAUGGCGGAUGACAGGC